GGUGGAUCACCGACUCCGUUCUCUAGUGCCUUUUGUGGGCGACUGUGUGGGCCCAGGCCUAGGACAGGGCUCUUACUGAACAUGGUGAGCUUUUGAUAUGCUCGCAUGAGACUUCGGAGCCGCGAGUUUUUGGACGUCAAAAGAUCAGUGCCAGCAGGAAAGUCAGGCGAACAAAGUCGUGGCCUUGCUUCUUUCUUAUAUCUCCCUGGUUGUGUGCGCGGCUUCACAUUUGUCCACAACCUCCACGCGUUCUGCACCAGUAAAAUCAAGCGCUUUGUAAAGAAGAUCUUAGCGAUGACGACCACAAACCUGUCAUCCUCGCAAGUCGAUGACUUCGACUUCAUCCUCGUGGGCGGCGGUACCGCAGGCUGCGUUGUCGCCUCGCGUCUCUCGCAGUACCUGCCAAACAAGAAGGUCCUGCUCAUCGAAGCCGGUCCAUCAGACUUCCAGGAGGAUCGUGUCCUGCUUCUGAAGGACUGGCUCAGCCUAUUGGGCGGCGAUCUGGACUAUGACUACCCGACCACAGAGCAGCCAAUGGGCAAUUCUCAUAUCCGGCACUCACGUGCAAAAGUCUUAGGAGGCUGCUCAAGUCACAAUACCCUCAUCUCGUUCAGACCAUUCGAGUACGACUGCCGGCGGUGGGUGCAACAAGGCUGCACAGGCUGGGGCUUCGAUAUGUUCACACGCGUCCUGGACAAUCUGAGGAACACCAUUCAACCAGUUCACUACAGGCACCGGAACCAACUGUGCAGAGAUUGGGUCUCAGCCUGCUCUGCUGCUUUGAAUAUACCCGUUGUUCACGACUUCAACCACGAAAUACGCGAAAAGGGCGGUUUGCCGGAGUCUGUUGGGUUUUUCUCUGUAGCAUAUAACCCAGAUGACGGACGCCGUAGCAGCGCUAGCGUUGCGUACAUCCAUCCUAUCCUUGCUGGCAAGGAGGAGCGGCCAAACUUGACUGUGCUCACCAAUGCUUGGGUGAGCAAGAUCAAUGUUGAAGAGGAUCGCGUCACUGGCGUGACUCUCACUCUCCAAGACGGUCGAUCCCUCACUCUACGAGCCAAAGCCGAGACCAUUCUUUGCGCCGGCGCUAUCGAUACCCCACGUCUGAUGCUGCAUUCGGGCCUAGGGCCUAAGAAGCAGCUACAAGAUUUGUCAAUUCCAGUGGUGAAAGACAUUCCAGGAGUUGGUGAGAACCUGCUCGAUCAUCCGGAGACGAUCAUCAUGUGGGAGCUCAACCAGCCCGUACCGCCCAAUCAAACAACCAUGGACUCAGAUGCAGGGCUCUUUCUUCGCAGGGAAAAGACAAACGCAGCGGGCGAUGACGGUGACACUGUGGACAUUAUGAUGCACUGUUACCAGAUCCCCUUCUGUCUGAACACGCGUAGAUUGGGCUACGACGAACCCACGAACGUGUUUUGCAUGACGCCGAACAUCCCCAGGCCAAGGUCUCGAGGCAGACUGUACCUCACGAGCAAAGACCCUCAAGUUAAGCCUGCGCUUGACUUCAGAUACUUCACGGAUCCGGAGGGUUACGACGCCGCUACCAUUGUGGCAGGCUUCAAAGCGGCCCGUAAAGUUGCCGAGCAAGAGCCCUUCAAAUCUUGGAUCAAGCGGGAGGUUGCACCAGGCCCUGCGAUUCAGUCGGAUGAAGCCCUCUCGGAGUACGGACGCCGCGCAGCACACACGGUAUACCAUCCGGCGGGCACGACGAAGAUGGGCGACGUCACGAAGGACCCCCUUGCAGUCGUGGACCCCCAGCUCAAGGUGAGAGGACUGAAAGGGCUUAGGAUUGCUGAUGCAGGCGUCUUCCCAGAAAUGACAACCAUCAACCCGAUGCUGACGGUCCUUGGUGUGGGUGAAAGGGCGGCGGAAUUGGUGGCUGAGGCUUGGGGCUGGAAUGGACCGUAUCUGGGGACGGAGAACGUGGUGGGACAUGGACAGCCGCCAGCCCAAGCAGAGAAACUGCAACAGCAGUUGGGAAUGAAAGCGAAGUUGUGAAAUAUUGGCGUUGGUCUCUGGUGUCGUUCCGGACUGGAUUUGAAAAUGGCGUACUUGCUCAAAAAAUAGUGCUGUUACCGCUAUUGGAUGGUGACUAUCACGAAAUGCAAUAUAUACAGGUUCUUCACCUUGGUAUACAUCCCAUCAUCAUGGAACACAGGUACUUUCCUACACUCGACAACGUCAAGCUCAUAGCAUGCCUCUG